AUGCAGGGCCAGAGCGCGAGACGAAAGAAGGAUCUAAAGGGAGCCGUAAGUCCUCAAGGCGUAGAGUUUCUGGGGGAUGAGGAAGAAGUCGAGUCUAAAGGAGCCAGACCAGGGACCCUGACGGCGGUAAACUGUAAAAGUGAGAAACAGGCCAACCUGACCAGAUCAUCGACUCCCAAGAGAAGGUUAGGUGAGGUGGGAUCAAGAAGGCAACUGAAGUGUCCAGUAGACUUCUGCAGUAGGAAGGGUCGGAUGAAGGAAUAUGAAGGAAUAGGGAGUUCCAGAGGAAAGGAUUAG